GUCGCCUUCCUCCCCCGCGCGGGUAUGAUUCAUUCGCGCGGUCCCUGGAUACUAGGUGGCAGGCGCAGAGACAUCAAUGUAAAGAAGGCCCUCGAGGGCGCCGGCAUCAUCCCACCGGGCAAAGCGCCCAAUACCGAGUCACGUCACGCCGUCGACCAAGAACUCGCCGAUAUGUUCAUCACCGCCGCCAACCCCGAAAUCAUAGCCGAGUUGAAGGCACACGGUGUCGUCGCUUUCGUCAAGAAACUGCGGCUCUCCAUGAACUGGACGUGACAAGUCGACUCGGCGGUGUUCGUUCGACUCGUCAAGUUGCUCAUCGAAGCUUAUGAGGUCUUGGCUCGAGACCCGGGUCAGCGCCCGCCUUUCAACGAGGCUGAGUAUUCUGCUACCGCGAAGUCCAUUAAAGAAUUCCUCUUGGGGCAGGUGAGCAUUGGGUCGACGAUUGGACUGAUAAU